CUCUGCCCACUCCACUCGUCUUAUCAUUAACAACACCGAACAGCUCAGAUGGACCUGGUUUAACCUUCUGUCCCUCUGAUGCGAACCAUGUGCUGAUUUAUGCGGGAUCUGUCCCAGUACACCUGUUUGGAAUAUCGCUGCCGUCCACUCCUCUGAUUUUUUUUUUUUUGCGGUUCUGUUGAAACACACACACACACACACACACACACACACACACACACACACAUAGACAUACACACACACACACUCUGAGCAAUGGCGACUCCCAGUCCUAGCACUAACUCCCCAACUUCAUGCAAUAGCAUGAGCGCGGCAGGAUCCCCGCUGCAGCAUCACCAAAUGCAGACUCAACACCUAACCACCAUGAGCAGUGUACAGGACUCUAACACUUGCUGGAGGUGUCAGAAUGAAACAGGGUUUCAGAUAAAUCUGUCUGGUGCUCCGCAAAGUAAACGCAAAGCACUGAAGCUAAACUUUGCUAAUCCCCCGAUUAAACCGAAUGCAAGACUCCCCAUCGCAUCAGCCAACCCUUCCUUCCAUAACCCACACAUAGAGAGACUGCGCAAUCACAGUAUCGAGUCAUGUGGGAAGCUGAAGAUUUCUCCCGAGCAGCACUGGGACUUCACUGCCGAAGACCUGAAAGACCUAGGCGAGAUUGGGCGAGGCGCCUAUGGCUCGGUCAACAAGAUGGUUCAUAAGCCCAGUGGUCAGAUCAUGGCUGUUAAGAGGAUCCGUUCCACCGUUGAUGAAAAAGAACAGAAGCAGCUGCUGAUGGAUUUAGAUGUGGUUAUGAGGAGUAGCGACUGUCCCUAUAUCGUCCAGUUUUAUGGGGCUCUGUUCCGAGAGGGUGACUGCUGGAUAUGUAUGGAACUUAUGUCUACCUCGUUCGACAAAUUCUACAAAUAUGUAUAUUGCUCAUUAGAUGAUGUCAUUCCAGAGGAAAUAUUAGGCAAAAUUACAUUAGCGACUGUGAAAGCACUGAAUCACUUGAAAGAAAACUUGAAAAUAAUCCACAGAGACAUCAAACCCUCCAACAUUCUCCUGGAUAGAAAUGGCAACAUCAAGCUGUGUGAUUUUGGGAUCAGUGGACAGCUGGUUGACUCUAUAGCCAAGACUAGAGAUGCUGGAUGCAGACCUUACAUGGCUCCUGAAAGGAUAGACCCUAGUGCUUCUAGGCAAGGCUACGACGUGCGCUCGGAUGUUUGGAGUUUGGGAAUUACGCUGUAUGAGCUGGCCACCGGGCGCUUCCCAUACCCCAAGUGGAACAGCGUGUUCGAUCAGCUGACACAGGUGGUGAAGGGAGACCCACCUCAACUGAGCAACUCGGAGGAGAGACAGUUUUCUCCUAAAUUCAUCAACUUUGUCAAUCUCUGCCUUACAAAGGACGAGUCGAAAAGGCCAAAGUACCGGGAGCUUCUGAAGCACGCAUUCAUACUGAUGUACGAGGAGCGAGUGGUGGAUGUUGCCACUUACGUGUGUAAAAUACUGGAUGAAAUCCCCGCCUCCCCCAGCUCUCCCAUGUACGUCGACUGAGCGUGUACAUUACCCGAACGCAAAACGUAACACGGCAGCCGUUUGGCGCACCGCAUUGUCCCGUUUCACGGUUCCACACUGCUUUUAAGGAUCGACACUCCCAAACAUUGUGUGCAAUAAGGAUCGGCUUUUCAUCUUCGAAACCAUUAGUGUAUUGGUCUGUAAAAAAAAAAAAAAAUCAAGCUAGAACAAUAAGAAAAAUAAGAACAAGAAUAAUUUUAUUCGAGGUGUGAUAUUUAUUUUAAAGCCACAUGUAAAUGUUUAGCUGAGCGCAUUAGAGAAAAUUAGAACAAGACUUGAACUCCCCUCAUUCAAGACACACUUCAUGUUCGCGGGAACGUUAAACGUCUACUUGGAAGUGAUGUUGAAAGAACUAGAAACCGAACCGAAACAAGAAGUCACGUUGAUCUUCGACUAGAAAGAGACACGCCUACCAUGUCGUAUACCGUGUAACAUUUCUUCUGAUAGGAUGCGUCAUUUAGAGCAAUAUCUGUAGGUGUAAAGCACAGUCCAAUUGUGGUCUCAACCUUCCGAAAGAGUGCGCGGGAGUAUCGUCGUUCGUCAAAAGAAUCGGUUAAAAAUGGUUGGAUCAUUUCUUCUAGACGUCGCACUCCACACACCGGGGUCUUUCCGACAUUUCACGUGAAGGAAAAAGACACAGAUGACACUCGGAGGCUGUCUGGUACCAUUUGACAGAUCAGUUGGUAGGUUGAAAGAUUAACAAAGUCGUCCUUAAAGUAGUUUUGUAUAAAUAUGCAACUUUAACUCACCAAAUUGUAUUGAAUGAUUUGGAAAAAAAUUGCUGGAAUAGUGUACACACUUGCAAACACUCCGAUUUUACUGUAAAUAUCAGUUACGGUUGCAGUACAUGUCCCAAACUCUCUAAUGCUACUUUAUAUUUUGCCACUUUUCCUGAAAUUGGCCCUGACAUCUUGGCUCACGCAUGCAUUCAGAAAGAUGUUCAAAUAUCACUGUUUAGGUUACUCACUUUAAAAGAAUUGUACAACACUUUGCCAAAGCAGACUUUUACUAACUGACAUAAUAGGACAACUGAAAUAUGACACUAGAUGGCAUUGAAAGACUUGGUGGAAAGGAUUUUUUUUUUUUGUGCGCGCGUGUAAAAUACAGAUCAUCUGACAGACUUUAAGAUGCAUCACUGACCUAAGAAUGCUUAACUAUACAUCCCUUUUAUGGGCAAACUGUAAUAAAGAAAAAAAUCCCAGUUUUGAAAACAAUCUUGUACAAAACAGCACCGCAGUAGAAUAUUUAAUAUUAGAAGGGAAAUUAUGGAUUUUAUGUAACGUUAUAUUGUAUCGGUAUAAAGAGUGGGAAAUAUCUUCAAGAAUUGUUCACACUGUGAAAAGAUUUUAAGUGUAUACAUUGUGAACAGCAAUCUGUAAAAAAAAAAAAAAAAAAAAAAGAAAGAAAAAAAAAGAAUUGUAAUUAGAGGAUAUGCAGGGAUAUUGCCUUAUGUCUGCUUUUGGAGAUAUUAACCUCUGACGGUCUGAGCUAUUUGUCUUCUUCACUUCACAUAUUUAAAGGAUAUUGAUGAAAUCUUAGUGUUCUUGUAGUACUGAUGAGAGCUAAGUAUCUGCCUGCAGGUCAGUUGUGAUAAGGCUAGGAUGUGAUUGUGACCUUAUCGAGCUAUUUUUUUCUGUAAGGUCUGGAAACAAAUGGACUGAAUGCUAGAAUAAAUCCUAUGAAUUAG